AAACAUACAUUCUCUCUCAGCUUUUGCUCUGAUCCACUUGUCCUCUGUUUCUUUCUACUUUUAAAUUAAAUUACGCAACGAAAAUGAUGAUUUUGUCUUGGAGAAGAAGAAAGUCUACCCGCCACGCCAACAAGAAGAAGGAGUUUUUUGCUGGCGAGAAUUUGGACAUGGAGAUGGAGGAGAUCGCUGUUCCCACGCAUUUUCGAUGCCCGAUAUCUCUCGAUUUGAUGAAGGAUCCGGUGACGCUGUCGACGGGGAUGACGUACGACCGAUCAAGCAUUGAGAAGUGGAUAGAGACCGGGAACAGGACAUGCCCGGCAACUAACCAGGAACUCAAGAGUUUUGACCAAAUACCAAACCAUGCACUACGUCGAAUGAUCCAAGAUUGGUGCGUCGAAAACCAGUCUUAUGGGAUCGAACGGAUCCCAACGCCUCGAAUCCCAGUGACAAAGUACGAGGUUUCGAGGAUUUGUGAGAGAAUUGAAGCCGCGGCACGACGCGGGGACGGUAGAAAGUGUGGAGAAUUGGUGGGGAAGAUCAAAGCAUGGGCCAAAGAGAGCGAGAGGAACAAGAAGUGUAUGGUGGAGAAUGGACUUGGCUGCUGCUUGUCAGCUGUGUUCGAUUCUUUUGCCAGCAUUUCAAUGGAGGAUCAUGUGGAGAUAUUGUUGGACAUUUUGUCGGUGCUGCCAUGGAUGUUUCCAGUGAGUGAAGAAGGCCAAUUAAAGCUUGGAUCUGCAGGAUCUUUAAGAUGUUUCUUGUCGUUUUUGGAGGGCAAAGAUCUAUCAGCAAGGCAAAACGCAGUUUUGGUACUGAGAAAGUUGCUUUCUUUGGAUCAAAAACAUGUGGAUGACUUUGUUGAGAGUGAAGGAGCAAUUGAAGCAUUGGUUGGGAUAAUUAGAGAGCCUAUUUCUCCUGCAGCUACUAGGGCUGCUCUGACUUCUGUUUUGUUCAUGAUUUCAUCUCCAUCAGCAGCCAGUGAUGAAAUCAGAUCAAGAUUUGUGGAGUUGGGAUUGGUUUCUUUGCUACUAGAGAUUAUUGUUGACGCAGAGAGACGCCUGUGUGAGAGGGCUUUGGGAGUUUUGGAGGGUCUUUGUGAUUGCAAACAAGGGAAAGACAAGGCCCUUGAGAAUCCUCUGACAAUUCCCCUUUUGGUUAAGAAGAUUUUGAGGAUUUCGGAGUUGGUGACUGAGUUUUCGAUCGCUAUAAUUUGGAAGCUCUGCAGAAUUGAAACUGAGGAAAGCAUUUUGAUUGAGGCACUUCAAGUGGGUGCAUUUCAGAAGCUCUUGGUUCUCUUGCAGGUUGGUUGUGGUGAUGGGAUAAAGGAGAAGGUUACUGACUUGUUGAAAUUGUUCAAUCUUCACACAAGUAAAGUGGACUGUGUUAAUUCAUCCAUGGAUUUCAAAUACCUAAAGAGGCCAUUUUUGGGUUAGGUGAAAUUUUUUGUUCUGUAGAUUGGGUUGGAAAUUCUUUUUUGUACAAAAUAGAAAGAUAUGUAAAGAGAAUACCAUACAAUUAAUUCAAUUACCAGGUCUGAACCUGGAACAAACAUUCAUUCAUUCAAUGUAUG